UGACAUAUAUGACGAGAAUGCCCAUUCCCGAUCGUGUUGUACAUUCUGCUUCUUCUUCUUUCUUGUCUCUCUUCUUGUGAUUCAUCCAGCUCCGUUUCCUCUUUUCAUAACAACGUCCAAUCCAACCACCAAAACACCAUCACAAACACCGCAAAUAUGAAGUUCACCGCUGCCCUUUUCUCCCUCGCUUUCGCCAGCUUCGCUGCUGCCCAGGACCUUGGUAACCUCCCACCUUGCGCUACCGAAUGUGCCACCCCUUACCUCACCAACGGCAUCGGUAACUGCGGUCGCGAUCCCAAGUGCAUCUGCACGGACGAGACCUUCAUCAAGGACAUCCAAUGCUGCCUUCUGGAGAAGUGCUCGGCCAGCGAUAUUGAUGCUGCCGCCGGUUUCGCUUCCACUUUCUGCAAGAACAACGGUGCCACAAACUUCCCUACCAAGGCCACCUGCGCGACCGUCGCUGCCACCGCCACCACCGGUGGCAGCGCUUCCGCUACCGCCGUAGUCACCACUGGUACCGGUACCGCUGCUGCCACUACUGUCACUGGUUCCAACAGCGCCGCCGUGUCCUCGGCCGUUAGCAGCAUUGAGAGCGCUGCCAGCAGCGCGGCUACCAGCACUCACACCAGCAACCCCGGCCCCAGACAGACUGCCGCUGCCGGUCUUGGUGCCAUUGGUGGCCUCGUGGCUGCCGUUGCCCUUCUUUAAGGGGUGAUUAUGGUUUUGGAAAUACUGUAUAAUGUAAUGGUCAUGGUGAAGUGACGGGCCUUUGAUAUGCAUGAAGCAAAAGAUACGAUAUAAUGAAAUGUUAAUACCACGGCAACUUCGAUC